CGUUGUUGAGACAGGAAAUGCUCAUUCAUUUUAUUUGCAUCCGAGUUGCGGAGGGGGUAUCAACAAGACAUCAGCGCAUCGCAUCUCACCGGCUUAACAAAAUGAAUUAAAACGGUGGAACAUAACGGAUAUCAACUGAGUGGCCCACUAUCGUGCGGAAACAUCGACUCAAGCAAUAGCGUUACACUGGUGACUUCUGAUGAUAUCAUUGUGGUCACAUAAUAUCAGUCCCACCAAUGACUGCGCUCCACAUACUUUCCAGGAGGGAGGAAUAAUAAUUAAAAUGGAGAGCCAACAACAACCAAGGCCAAGCCUUGCGUCUGAAUUAGAGCGCUCCAGCUUGAGGUGCCUGGUUAUGAUCUCUGGAGUGACGAUAUGUCGUCUGGUGAGAACCACACAUCAGUCAUUUGAUCACGAUCUUUAAUUGCAUUUCAUAACGAGUUCGGGCUUUACAACAAUGCGGAGAAAUGAUUGAAGGCGACGUUUAUGACGGGGAGAAGAACGAAAACUUCUCAUGGUAAAAACAUCGCAUUUAUAGCAAGAGAACUCAAACAGCAACCCCUUGCCGUCCACUCCGUGGAUAAUGAAAGUGAUGAAAUAUCACAGCAAAAAUACUAAUAUGUAUAACUUGAUCACUGAUUGAAGCUUUUCACCGAAUAUGGAUUUGUAAAUGAACAAUAAUAACAAUUAAGGGGUAAAAUGUCAUCUGGGUCACAGCACAAUGAUGAAAACCAAGCCUUGAGUACGCGGGAAGGUUCAGUGACAGGAAUUCUACAUACAAGAAAGAGUUUGACACGUAACUCGAGCACAAUGAGCAACUUGAAAGAUCCAGGAAGGCAUUCAAGUGUCCGCCGAUGUAUCAGUGAUUCCGACCGCGACUCUGUAUACGACGUCACCGGGAGUACUGUGAUCGUCACCAUGCUCAUUCUCAGCCCGCCCAUAGUACUCAUUGGCGUGAUCCUUCUGACUACAGGCGCCAUCAUCAGCAACAUCUUCGUGCUCGUCGCCGGACUUGCCACGAUCUUGAGCGGCGUCCUGAUCGCGGCUACCAGCGCAUUUGUCUUCGUACGCAUGCGCGGUGGCGUUAGAAGUCGGGGCAGUAUGAAUGAAAGCAGGAGGAGUGAUAACGGCGGAGUACCUACGGGUCGAGGAAGCUACUACCGGGUCACGAUGGAUUUAGAGAGGAGUGCAAAUUCUGCAGAUGGCUCGUUUCGUGUGGAGAUCACAGAGCAACCUGCAACCAUGGUCACUUUCUUCUCCUCAGCUGACUCAGACACGCAGUCGAUGCGAGGCAAUAGAAUCAAUGGGUCCAAUACUAGUAGUCUGAGUAGCACCAGUGGAACGAUGAAGGCAAUAGGUGUUAAGCUAGGAUCUGAAAACUCCAGUCCAGGUUGAAUAUUGGUCAAAAUGGCGGGAAACCGGCUGAGAU